AAAUUUUCCCACAUUAAAUGUUCCAUCUUAAAUUAAAUUUGGUUAGUGCUAGUAUAGUCAAAAUAGACACCUUUUUUUUCCUCGCUGUUCUAUAUUCAGAAAGUGAGCCAGCACAUAAAGCCAGCGAACAAACAAUCUCAAACAUUCUCUCUUGCACUAGCUAAGAGCAGCUGCAGACAAAGGAGGUGAAUUCUCCCACAUCUCUUUCUCUCAAUCUCUUUCUCUUUCUGAAGUCAUCACUCGCUUUUCUUUUCUUUUUCUUCUCAAUUUAUGGAUGCUGCUCCAUGGCCACAGGGUUUGCAGGAUAUUAAACUGGUAAAACCCAUGGAGGAAAUAUCAUCUAAUGCCUGUACUAGGCCUGUGUUAGAGAGAAAAGCAAGGCCUCAAGAGCAAUUGAACUGUCCAAGAUGUAAUUCUACCAACACCAAAUUUUGUUACUACAACAAUUAUAGUCUUACUCAACCAAGAUACUUCUGCAAGACUUGUAGAAGGUACUGGACAGAAGGAGGAUCUCUUAGAAAUGUUCCUGUUGGUGGAGGCUCUAGGAAGAACAAAAGAUCUACAUCAUCAUCAUCGGCAGCAGCAGCAGCAGCGUCAUCAUCAUCGUCUGCUUCAUCUAAGCUCCCUGAUCUAAACCCACCUAGUCUCUCACAGUUUUCUUCUCCAAACCCCAAGACCCAUGAAGGCCAAGAUCUCAAUCUGGCGUUCCCAGCUAUACAGGAGAGUCAAGGUAUAUCUCAUUUUGUUGAAGUACCCAAAACUGAAAAAAACAACAACAAUCAACAUAACUCUUCUUCUUCUUCUUCCUAUACUUCAUCUUCUCUUUCAGCUUUGGAGCUGCUAAGAACUGGAAUUGCAUCUAGGGGAUUGAAUUCUUUCAUGCCAACACCAAUGCCAGAUUCAAACACACUGUAUUCUUCUGGGUUCCCCAUGCAAGAAUUCAAGCCAACACUCAGCUUUUCUGUUGAGGGGAUUGGUAGUAGAUAUGGAGUUCAAGAGAAUGGUGGCAGGAUUUGUUUUCCUUUUGGAGAGAUGAAACAGCUAUCAAGUGCAACGGAAGUCGAUCAAAAUAAGGGACAAGGGACUUCUUCCAGUGCAUAUUGGAACGGAAUGUUUGGUGGAGGUGGAGGAUCAUGGUAAAGAAAAAAAGAAGAAAGAAAAGGCGACCAAGAAACUACUCUAUCUUGUUUCUUUUUUCACUUUGUUCUUUACAUGGUCAGUCACUUGUUGAAAGUUCUUCAGGACUAACAGAUAGGAUUCCUCUCUUUAUUACUGUUUUGAGCAGUGUAAAAAUUAUUGAAGCUCAUUUGGUUUGGCUUCAGAAGGGUUUCCUUUACACGCAUAAUAUGGUGUGAAAGAUAGAAGAAGAUGUGAAUAUAAGUCUGGGUUUUCCCCAUGGCAGCAUGGACUGUAUUCAUAGAUUCUUCUAUCAGGACUAGGGCACCAGCCGUGUUGUAUGCGUUUCCAGAGUUGGCUCUGUUUUAUUUUUAUUUAUGCAGUGCGAGACUGAGAUUUGGACA